CCCAAAAGCCUUCAGAAGACGCUAGACCUCCGCCGAGUGUACAAGUUUUGGGUGAACGUCAAAUUUAUUUUCUUCACCUCAAAAGUCUUCGAAAAAAAAAAAAAAAAAAUCGUGUGCAUCUAUUACACCCAAAUAGUCAAGGAGACUGACAACAUAUCCACUAGAGUGUGUGUGUGUUAAACUAGGCGCCAUUUUUCGUCUGAAUUUCGGAAUUGUUUUGGAUCAUUCGCUGCCGCCAAUCGUCAUGAGUACCCGAGUUCUUGCCGCUCCCGUUUCGCUCGACGUGAGGAUGAUGUUGCCCUCGUAUUCCCGUUUGGGUGGAGGAGGACGACCGCGGAUUGUGCCCAACGCGGGCUGUUUGUCGCGAGUGAAGCGAUGCCUGUUUGGCUUACCGUCGUCGCCGGAGGAAGCUCUGCAACAGGCUGCCGCUGAACUGCAACGCCAAACCGAAACCGACUCGCAACGUUGGAACUUUGACUUUGUCCGCGAACAGCCCAUGGACGGCCAAUUCAAGUGGCAACCCGACGAACCGCAAUGCAACCGCAUGGAAACGAACGAUCCCGUUUCACCAGCUCGUUUACGCCAAUCGCAAAUUACAGAAUUCCUGCAACCUCGCAAACGAACAUCUUCUGGUGCCUUGUCGUCCAUCAACAACAAACGAUUGCGGACGCAGUCAUCCCCUCAGGCGCGACGAACGUGAUUUUGCUCUCCAACAGGCUGUUAGGCAUCCUCGAACGUGCAUGAUGUACACCAGAGGGAUAACAAAUUAUAUAUAAAUAUAUAUAAAUAUUAUAUAGAAUUAUAUAUGUGGUGUUGGGGGUGAGAAAGCAAAAAUGAUCCACGAGGGGAAGAAAAAAAAAAUAAUGUUUCGGCCUGAUCUCAAAUUGGUUUCGUCCAGGUCAUGUGAUCUCUCCAUCGCGCGCUCAAUGAAGCGAGAAAAACAAUUUUUUUUUGUUUGUUUUUGUUUGUAAUCCCCACCAAGUUUGCGAAAGUUAUUCUUCAAUCAUGUUGUUUAGAAAAACGUUGUAUAUAUAUUAAUGUUUCGACAAAAAAAAAAUGAAUGUGUGGGGCGAGGGGAACAUAUUCUUCAACCAAAAUAAUCAACAAUGUUUGUGGCGGGAAAAACAAACACGUGUCAUAACCAUAAGUGUCGAGCCCGACGUUUGUUUCAUACACGUCAAGUGUCCAAUGUCUGUGAUGUCUGUUGUUUUGUGCUCGAUUUGAUCUCACCCCCAUUGGCACCCAAGAGAUUCACGUACCCGCUCGCACUCAAACCCCCCCCCCUUCUUUUUUUUUGUGUUUUGUUUUUCUCUCUAUUCCCCCAUUUUUUUUUUCUUCCAAUCAACGUUCGUUUCCCCUCCCCCCGAAAUUUCCGUGCUGCCAAAAUUGUUUUCUUCUUGGUUUUUUCGUAGUGUCUUUCUACAACUAUAUAUACACAUAUAUAUAUCUAUCACGUGACUGAGAAUACAAUCAAUUCAGAAAUCAA